AUGGACGACGACAAUCCGUUCAUGAGGACGUUCGUGCCUCAGCUGCCUGGCUCGGCCUUGCAUCAGCAACUGCAACUGCAGCAGCAAAGGGGAUAUCGAUUUGCCCAUUCAUCAUCAAAGGUAGAAGAAUUCCGAGCCAGUGCAGUUUACUCUCAAAGCCAAACCAAGUCCUAUCUCUGCUCCCGCAGCGCGACCGCUCCACCUCACCCAUAUCCUCCACAUCAAGCUCCACCUCCCCAUCCCGAGCUCCAUCCGAAGCACCUCUCGAAGACCCUUUGGACUGGGGCGGAGACGUCACGUUGGACCGAGAACGCAGUCAUGCGGAUGACCCGGAAGGCGGUGAUACGGCGACGUUCAGCGCAUUGCAAGAGCAUAAUGUCGGAAUGAAGAUGUUGCUUAGAUUAGGGUGGACCAAGGGGAAAGGACUGGGCAAGGAAGGGCAAGGUAGAUGAUAUCUCGCUGCGACGACCAUCUCCAGCAACAAAAGCUGAUGCUGACACGCUUCCUCUUGCCCCCCACCUCCCACGCAACAGGCCGCCUCGUCCCCAUCGACCCCACCGCAACCGGCAACCUCCUCGGCAUCGGCAAAGCCGCCCUCGACACGCGCAUGCUCGAAGCCUCCUCCAACCUUUCCUCUCGACCACGGGAACUCGAAUCCCAAAGGAUCGCAAAAGAGACGCCCGAUCAAAGGGAAGCCAGAUUGGUCAGUCUUCGGAACCGCAGCACCGCAGGCGCAUAGUACAUGGGCUGAUGGCGAUGCGUGAGCGUCGAACAUGCACAGGCCAAAGCCAAGUUUGAAGAAAAAGUCAAGAACGAGGUUGCAGAGACGUUGAGGAAAUUCAACUGCGAUAUUUGCAACAAAUCGUACGUACUCACAGCGUGAUCUAAAAGACCCUUCUCAGAAGAUGUGACUAAACCGGUAUCCCCGUCCGUCGCUUUGCUCAGCUACACAACGGUCGGCCAGUAUGACGAACACACCAACUCGUAUGACCAUCAUCACCGUGCUCGAGCCGUCGCGACCAAGCAGAUGCAACUCGAUCGAGCCAAGGCGAAUGGUGAAGCCGACAAGAGGAGGGAAAAGGAGCGCAAGAGAGAGGAGAAGGAGAUGAGGAAAUUGAUGGAGAAAGCAGGGGUCAAGGUACCACUUGCUAAUGUAGUCCAUGUGACUGCAACGGCACCUGUUGUGGUCGAAGCGAAGAAGGUGGAGGAGGUGAAAAAGAGUGGGGCUGGCGGAUGGGCUAAGUUCGGAGGAGGUCGCUUCGCUCCCGUUGGACCGAGUUCAUCAUCUUUAGUCACAUCGACAUCAACACCCACGUCUUCAUCUUUCAAACCUGUUGGUGGCUUCGCGCCGAUCGCAUCAACAUCAAUGGCAACAUCCUCCCCCAAACCAGAACGAUACGAUUCAUCCCUCGCGCCUAAAGCCAGCGGAUGGUCAAGCAUCGCUCCCUCCACAGCACCGACAAGUUCUCACAACGCUCAUGUCCCUGCUAAAAGUGCACGCAUCACUGCGCCCCCUCGUUUCCGAGCAGGGGGCACGAUCGAACCUUCGCCGGUGUUCGACGCGGCCGCACCGAUGACCACGGCGCCUCGCCCGCCUCGAGAUCUACCGCCACCACCUCCUCCGCCGCCGUCGGUGCCUUUAGGCCGACCCCUUCCGCCAUCCGUAGCACCCCCUCCACCCCCAUCACCUCCGCCGAACGCGAUAACCACGACAGUAUCGAAACCCCGAUGGAACGUCCUCCCCUCUUCAGCCCCACCUCGAAUGCCAGCUUACGACGCCCCGCCCCCACCACCUCCACCACCCUCCAAUCCUCCUACCAAUCCAGGAUCUAGGUCCCCGUUCCAAACUUCCCCUUGUUCAACGUCCGCCCCCAGCUCAAGCUUUGGUGGAGGCUUCAAACCUGCUGAUAUGGCAUCUUCAUCAUCAGCUGCCCCACCUUCGAAUCGCGGAGGUUUCGGCUCGGGCCCGCAAAGGAGUUUCAAGGCGAGUUUCAAGCCGAUCCCGAAGCGUUGA